AUGUUCUAUAACACCGUGACUCACCUGCCAGGUGAGCAGCCCGGCCUCCACCCUUCCACGGGUGUAGAUGAUGCAACCGCGAAUGGCCGUAAGGAAACAGCGAAAAAGGCUUUAACGGGUCAACCAAGAAAGACAUCGUUCGAUGAGGACAUGAGUAUCCGGCCUGAGCAAGGUGAAGAAUUCUCCGCUGAACUACACUCUCUCGCUACGAAGGAUGGGCUUCGGGUCAUCGGAUAUCUGCCCAAUGACCAGAAUCUGCUACUGGGAAAUACAUCGCAGCAGCUCGAGGGAACGUCUUCAGAAAUACGAAAUGCCCUAGGCCUCUUGCCUCCGAAACCAUACACAGAUAUCCUGGUCCAACGAUUCUUGGAGGUCACUAAUUAUAACUAUUCUUGUCUCUAUCCGCCCAGAUUUUCAGUCGCUUAUGCUGCCUGGUGGGCAGAUCGGGCAAACGGGAAGCUCAUCACCCCAGAGUUCACUUGCCUUCUCAUCCGAGUAUGCGCCUGCUCGGCACAAUACUUGGAUACUGACACAGAGCGAAAGCUAGAGUCAGAGUUGGGAUAUUCUGCCCAGAAGCUUUCAGAGAACUUGCACUAUGCUGGAAAGCAACUGAGUAACACUAUCGGGCCCGGAAAGGGAGGGCUCUCACAAGUCCAGCAGCUUUUCCUCACGGCAGCCUGGUUCAAAUCGGAGUCUCUCUUCGUGGAAUCCUGGCAUGCACUCAGCUCGUCUAUUCACGAGGCACAGGAACAGGGCAUGCACAAGAGCUCUGUUAAGUCUGGCCUUUCGGAGUUCGAUACGGAAAUGAGGCGACGAAUGUGGUGCAUAUUGUGUAAUUGGGAUUGGCAAAUUGCAAUGUUGCUUUCUCGUCCGCUUAUCAUCAAUCAUAACUCAUCUGCAGUCGAGCUGCCAAAUCUACAACUUGAAAGAAGCAAUGGUGAAGGCCCGCCUUCUCCCUUUGCCCAUGUAUCUCUCCAAUUCCAGCUUGGUCAGAUUAUGACAGGGACAUCUCUACUCAAUGGAGGAGAGACCACUCCACUGGAGGCAGAAUCUAUUAGAACACAUAUCAAUAAUUGGAUUGUUUCUCUGCCUCCUCCCUAUAGUGAGAGUGAUCCUGAUACACAGUGGGAUAAAACUCACAUUUACAUUCCGCUCCAACGUCACCAUUUAUAUGCUAUAUCUUAUAUGACGAUGCUUUCACCAUUUAAACGCUUUCUUACGAGGGUUUAUGACUCAAGCAGCUCUCGAGAAGAUCGGGCUUGUCGAUCGAAAGCAGUUGAUAUCGCAAUUCAUCUAUUGAAACUGUCCCGCCAACUUUUCGAUCACGUUUUCCCCAUAAACGCAAAGUUUCAUAUCGUUUCGUUCCUUCUGUUUGAUACUGCCGCCUUCUUAUGUUCAGCAGUUAUCCAUGAUCGGGACAACAGUCUUCCACGACGCGACGAAGUCAUUCAAGUUAUCAGACUCGCCUGCUCAUCAAUGGAAGAACUAUCUCAGAUCACCAAACUUGGCGCAGUCUGCUACAAAGUAAUGAUCAAACUCUCUGGGAGCUUGUUAAAAUCACCAAAAACUACCUCGCAGGUCAAUGCUACCGGGAACUACUCCAGUGAAGCCAUAGAUUAUAACGACUUUUCUCCGGAUUUGGCUGCACCGUCUCUUACGGAUGAUAUCUCCCCAGAGUCAUGGAUUCCGUCGUUGGACUCCUUUGAUUCCACGCAAACAUUUUUCCCUGCAUCACUGGACUUCCCCAUACCUGAGCUAGAAAUUCCUCCCAGUAUGGGAGUCUGUGAUUUUUCUGCCUUCGACUUUGGUCAAUUCGAUCAGAUUUGGGAUUGGCAGAACCUUGAUUUGACUUUGCUUCCAUCCAUGCAGGUACCUGGGGAUGAUAGAUGA